CGAUGGCGGCCGGGCCUCGGGGCUGCCCCAGCCCCCGGCACCUCGCGGGGAGAGCCCCUCCUGUCCCCCGCCACCCCCGGGUCCGCCGGCUGCUCCGCUCGGGCCCUGCCCUUCCCCGGUGCCGUCGCACCGCAGCCCGUACCGGGGGCUCAGCAGUGCAGGGCCGCCGCAGCCCGGGGGGAACGAACCCCGGCAGGACCCGCUGCAGCCGCAGAGGGGUGAGGGUGCGGGGUGAGGCGUACUGAGGGGGCUCAAAGCCGAGCUCACCCCGGGCUGCGGCGGGGACGGACAGGGCGGUCCGACUUGUUCCUGCAAAUCAGACGAUUAUUUUGCUAUCUCAGAGAUGGCUCAGGAAGAACCCACUGUAGCUGCUUUGAAAGAUAAUCUGUCAGCAGAGAGCCUCUUUAGCAAAAUGUUCUUGCGGGGGCGUGGUGGUUUUAAUAUAAUGUGCUUAGAGCCUGAAAUUCUGUUUCUCAAAAGGCUGGGAAUUAGUCAGGAAAGGAAGGAGAGGUGGAUGCUUCCAGGGAUGAAGCUCAUCAUCCUGCCCCUGUCUCUUGCAGUACAGGACAUGCUCAGCCUGAAGGUUCAGGCCUUAUAGUACUUGGAAACCCUCCCUGCAGAUCAUUUGGAAGACAGGAAGGGCUUGAAUGUGGCAUUUGCACUGUCUCAAAGAAGAGUCUGUCAGUUCACUAGUGUGAUUUUAUAUUUGUCUGUGGAACAGAUUGUUAGCCCUGCCUGCCAUUGGUGGGGGAAGGAUGCAGUGUUGUCCAUCUUAAUCCUUUAUAACCUCAAAACUAGUUUGAGGCCAUUCAAGCCUUUCCUGGUGUGCAAAAGUGAGUAUACAUCUGAGGAGAGAAAAUAAAAUGGAAUUGUUCUUUUUACUUUAGGCUUGCAGCAAAAAGGACUGCUCAGUGUCCCCCAGGCCCCUGGCUCUGGGCCCGGUGCUCCCGGCGGGAUGGAGAGCCUGGGGCUGCCAGCAGUGACCCUCAGGGACGGCACCAUGGCCUACCUGCAGCAGGCUGCCAGAGGUGAAAAGCUGAUUGAAGGACAAGUCAUUGAACUUGAAGAUGGGACCACAGCUUAUAUCCAUCAGGUGACAGUUCAGAAAGAGUCUGUGGCUUUGGAAGACGGUCAGCCAGUGGUGCUGGAAGAUGGCAGCAUGGCCUACAUACACAGCACAGCUAAAGACGGUUACGAUCCUGGCACCUUCCAGGCCAUCCAGGUGGAGACCUGCACUGCCUACGUCCACCGUCCUGUCAUUGUAGCACCUGGCAGCACCAUCCUGGAAGUGCAGACAGGAACUGGGCUCGAGGAGUUAGCUGGGGAGGAGGAAGAUGAUGCCUUUGGUGUGGAGACCACGAAUGCAUUACAGCAGUACAGCAGUAAGGGGUCUGACAAGGAAGAGGAGGGAGUGACAGACACCUGCCGUAUGAACCCUACGGACUCCAGCAACGUCCCUUCUCAGGAUUUGCAGGAGGAGGAGGUGCACAGCCAUGGGAAGGGGCAGCAGGUCAGCAGCAGAGCUUUCCCCUGUGGGUACAAAGGCUGUGGCCGCCUCUACACCACUGCCCACCACCGCAAGGUACAUGAACGUGCUCACACAGGUGACCGGCCAUAUACAUGUGACUUCCCAGGUUGUGGGAAAGCAUUUGCUACAGGGUAUGGGCUGAAGAGCCACAUGAGAACACACACUGGUGAGAAACCAUACAAGUGUCCAGAAGAUAUGUGUAGCAAAGCCUUCAGAACCUCUGGGGAUCUACAGAAACACAUCCGCACACACACAGGUGAGCGUCCCUUCAAGUGCCCCUUCGUGGGCUGUGGCCGCUCCUUUACCACCUCCAACAUCCGCAAGGUUCACGUCCGGACGCACACGGGCGAGCGGCCGUACACGUGUCCAGAGCCCGGCUGCGGGAGGGGCUUCACCAGUGCCACCAACUACAAGAACCACAUAAGAAUCCACACAGGAGAGAAGCCAUACCUGUGCACUGUGCCAGGCUGUGGGAAGCGCUUCACGGAGUACUCCAGCCUCUACAAGCACCACGUGGUGCACACGCACUGCAAGCCCUACACCUGCAGCAGCUGUGGGAAGACGUACCGCCAGACCUCCACGCUGGCCAUGCACAAGCGCAGCAGCCACGGCAAGCUGGAGACCAUGGAGGACAGUGAGCGGGCCCUCUUUGAGCAGCUGAGGCUGGAAGUUGCUGCUGCUGACAGAGGCUGCCCGCUGAAGAGCCACUAUAUUGCUUUCCUGUCGGAGAUGGAGGAAGAUGAAGAAGAUGAUGUUGAGCCUACACAGGUCUCACUUAUCUCUCAGGAUGGGACAGAGCAGGUGACCGUAGUUGCUUCUGGGGCAGUCGUGUCAGAGGAAUCCGCCGUUGCCCCUCUCCAUCAUCAGCAGGUGGCAUUGCUGGCCACUGCCCACGGCACCCAAAUCACUGUGCAGGUGCCCUGCAUACAGAGGACAGCACAGGGACGUGCUCCUGGGAUUGCAGAAUGCUCUUGUCUGGAAGAGCAGCAGAGCCUGGAGGAAGGCGUCAGCAUGGCUGCAGCAGUAAUCCCCUGUGGACCGGUGACGUCUGACACAGCCGUAUCUGAGAAAGGGAGCUGAGGUCGGCAGAGCUGCUGGGGCAGGGGGAGAGGAGCCCUGGCCUGUCAUGGGCGGGGGCAGUGGGUGCUGCAGGGGGACAGGGGGCAGGGACAUGUCUGAGCCAGCACCUGCCCCGCACGGGCCGGGAGGGCUGACAGGGCAGUGUGAGGCUGCUGAAGCGACCCCGUGCAAAGGGCUCUUCUCUCCAAGGAGGGAGGGCAAAGAUACUGGACUGCUGCCUUCUCCUGGAGGCUCUGCUGGAGCCUCUCCUGGACUCUGAGCAGCAGCCCUGUUUUCAGAGAGGCACUUCCUGCCCUCUACCUCUAGGAAUAGUCCAACAGCUCCCCUUUCCUGUCCACCCCUCCAGCUCAGGGACAAGUGGGCAGCAUGUGUAUGGAAGCAACAAAGGCCCAUCAAAGCAAGCCCAGGCUGUCCUGGGCUUGGUUUCAAGGGUGACCAGUACCUGCCGUUGGAGCCAGCACUCUGACAGCAGUUCUCCCAUCUCUUUGGCACAUUCCACUCUCAAGCAAGCUUCGGUGGCUGACUCCUUGGCUGCAGAGCAGAGCAGCCUGCACUUCUCGAGGGCUGAGCUAGACCUGAAUGUAAAUGUUGAGUUGAAAUAAAAAUAAAUUAACAAUGUUGUUUUUAAAA